GGCAGUAGGUAACUAGCGCCCAGACAAGCUGGUCGUUCGCGCGGACUUCGACCGAACGUGGAAAACAACGACAACGGGAAUGAACUAUUAGAACUUCUGAAGUGAACAGUUGUUUUUUUAAGUUGUUAUUUAUGUUUAAUUUUGAAUAUUUGAGUUUAUAAACCGUGGAACACCGCUGUGAGCACCAUGGAUACAUCAGCCACAAAUGCAGUCUUCACAUGUCUAGUUCUGUCACUUGCAGUCCAUUACGGUUCCUGUGCGCGCAAUUCGGCGACCCCGUACUACGGAAAACUGAUAGGAACGCUACAGGAGUACGCCCACAGGAUCAAAGGGACGGCGUACGCGGUGGACGAGAGCAACAUUUACAUCAAAGGCUUCAGCUACGACGGGACUGGCCCAGACGCUUACUUUUGGGUUGGCAACACUCCACGGCCGUCUCCUGAGGGCUUCAUAGUUCCUUACCCGGAGAAUUACAAAGGAAGAGAUCCGCCAGUCCUGGGAUCGUUCAACAACAGUGACGUCUUAUUGCGACUGCCAAUGGGAAAGCGAAUUCGUGACAUCCGGUGGCUCUCCGUCUGGUGCCGGCGGUUCACGGUUAAUUUUGGUGACAUUUUCAUCCCCAACAACUUGGAGGUGCCCAAACCACGGGUACUGCCCGAGUUCAAGAGACUCGCUCACGGUCUCAGAUCCGGCAACGUCAGUGUCCUGGACGCCAGAACAUUCUACAUUCCCAACCUACACUACGACGGAGCAGGGCCCGAUGCGUACUUCUGGGUUGGUAACGGCACAGAACCCAGUCCACUGGGCAUCAAGGUACCCAGUGAGAUGGGCAGUUUAGAACCACUGAGGGGUUACCAGGGAGAGGACAUUGAGAUCCAGCUUCCAGGAAACCUCACAGUGUAUGACAUAGACUGGUUGGCUGUGUGGUGCGUUCAGUACAGGCACAACUUUGGUCACGUUCUUAUACCCAAGGACCUUGACGUUCCGCCAGCGUUGGGACAGACCAAGAUCACUACAAGUAGCACAACCUCUGAUCCAAGAGAGGAGAGGCCAAGCAACUGUCGUCAGUUGCUUAACGAGCGCCUGCAGGUGCAGUGGGAGCUUCAGGGUGACAUGGUGCAGAUACAGUUGGCAGCACGCAUGAGGGAAGACCAGUACAUGGCGUUUGGUCUCAGUGGUGAGCAGGGACGCUCCUAUAUGAUUGGGGGUGAUGUUGUGGUUGCAUUCUAUGACAGUGAACGAGGUACAUUCCGGGUCGAGGAUUACUACAUGUCCGCCACAGCACAGUGUAAUGGGAAGAGUGGUGUGUGUCCGGAUGAGCGUAUUGGUGGCCGCAACGAUGCAGUUUUGGUGUCAGGUGAACGAAAGAACGGUGUGACUACAAUUGUGUACAGGCGUCCACUUCAGACCAAUGAGCCAAUCAAUGACCAGCCCAUUCCUACUGAUGUAGAAGUGAGUGUUAUUGCUGCUGUGGGACCACUCAACAGUAACAAGGAGGCAAAUUCACAUGCUGCCCCUGACAAAACAACAGAUGAUAUACGCAUUGACUUCAGCAGCAGAAGUGACCACGCCUGCACCACUUCCCUCUUCGACCUGCCAGAUGAAAAGACUCUCAAACCAUGGCCUCCUGCAGUCAUUACAGGGGAGUCUGUGUUCUCGGCUCGCAUUGGACCCACAGGGGGUAAGAGAGGCUACACACCAAUCACAGGUCACCCAUCUUGGGGAAUUUCCUGGUAUAUCAAUGAUCUGCUGAUCCCAGAAAUCUAUGUAGAGCGGGGCCAGACGUACACCUUCAUUGUUGAGGGUGGAAAUGAUCGAACAAAUCCUGCACGUUACCACCCUUUCUACAUAACUGACAGCAGCGAAGGUGGUUUUGGUCAGAAGUCUGAAGCAGAACAGAAGAAGCAACGUGUGUUUGCAGGUGUACGCUACGAUGCGGAGGGAUACCCCUAUCCAACUGCAGCUGGUCAUUACUGUGAAUGGGCACACAAGACUAUUGAUCGCUCAGCAGAAAUGGAGACGUUUGAUGAAUACCUGGACACCCUGCGGCUGGAAUGUGAUGAUGGCGAACCUGCCUACCUCAAUUGGACUGUAGCAACAGAAACACCAGACCUCUUGUACUACCAGUGCUACUCACACACCCACCUUGGAUGGAAAAUCCACGUUGUGGACAUGGGGUACCGGUCCCAGCGUAACGGCACCAGUACUGCUAGCAUGGCAGCUUUCAGCUCAACAAUUUUCUUUAUUACAGCGGUGAUUGGCUUGGUCAGGUGAAGUGCAGUCUUCCUCAGGGUGGGGAUUGCUCUGGUGCAAAGUUGAAGUGCUCUUUGUUACACAAAAUGACCCUUGUCAAGAGCCUACAAAUUUUAAUUUUAUUUGAUGGACAGGCAGUUGAGCCUGUUGGUGGUUAGUGAAUAUGAUAUGAGCAGCAAGGAAGUUUUACAUACUUAGACAUAAUUUAUAAACUCACUGACCAAAGAAGUAGGAGCUAGUUCAUACUGGCCACCUUCAGGUUAUGUGAGCUGUUGUCAUUUUAAUGGUAAAGGGAAUAUUCAUAAUUCAUAAUUAAAAUUCAGUCCAUUUCUUCUCACUGUGAGCAGACAAUAAGACUUUACGUGGUGACAAUAACAGCUGAAUUGUUGUAUAUGAGAGUAUAUUUAUACUAAGCAGAUGCAGCCACAGUAGAACAGUUGGUAGCAGUGGCCAGGCUAUCCUAUUGCAUAAUUACAUAUCCAUUAUUCAUUCAUAUUAUUAGCUAAUGCAGUUUGUUAAGAUCCUGUAAGAUUUUGUAUUAACUGUUUCAGUUUUGGUCAUUCUGCAUUUUUGAAACAUUCUUUUAUGCCAAAAUCUUCUUGAAACCUGGGUAUCCCGUGCCUGUAGGAACUUUUUGUGGAGUCUGAAAGAUCUGCAUAUUAUUGUGGUAACGUGUGAGCUUGUAAAUUUGUGUCGAACAAUAGGCGUAAUGAUACGAAACUACUUUCAUCAGAACAUACUUUGGGAAUGCAAUUUUUGUGAUAUUGGUCUCAAGCAUAGGCAUGCCUUUCUCCCCCCC